AUUGGCUUCGCUUUCAUGCAGCUACCCGAUUGAGCUGUGUCUCACCGUGAAGUGCAAGACGACAAUCGCAAUUGCUGGUGAUCAGACGCAACUGUCCAUUUGCUGCGAAGUUGGAUGGCGGCUUCCUCGUGUUUGCUGUCUCGCACCAGACUUCUGACCACCACCGCGAUGCGCAUCUAAAGCAACUUUUGGAGGCUCGCGACGUCAACACCACACCAAGCGCAACACGUUGACACCCAUGUCUUCCAUGUUCACUACCGCGGAACGCCGCAAGAAGGUCGUGACAUAUGGCAAGUCGUCACGUCUCUCAACAAUCCCGCCACCGUCACCGAGCAUCGAUGCGUCAUCCUCGGAAGAACCGCGCAAACUCACUACUGCCUCACAUUCGACACAGAGAGCACCAGUAGGCGUGUCGGAAGCGGAUGGAGCUCGGAGCAAUGGACGCGCAAACUCUGGGGGUCUGGACGUUUUCGAUGUGCCCUCCGAAGACGAUGUCGUCCUGUCACGCUCAUUCAAUAAGGCAAAGAAACCUCCAGCCAAGCGUAGAAUACCUGGAGAUGAAUGGGACGUGCCUUCCUCGGGUGAUGAGGCUUCAGGGUCGAAGCAGCGAGCACCAAAAAGCGUCAAGCCCUUGCGCAAACCCGAAGUCGUGAAGUCAGCAGCGCCUGCUACAAAGAAGCCGCAGAAACCCACCCAACCACAGAAGUCUGCACCAGCACCGACACCGUCUUCACACAAUCCAAUCGCGUCCCAAAUGCGACGUGGAAAGACUCCACAGCCUGUACAGAAACCUGAGCAAAUCGCAAAAGGUGGCGCAACGUUUCAACCCGUCGCAAUACCGAAGACCGCACCAAGACCUCGAUCUCCUGCCCCAUCUGUGGCCCGGACAAAACAAAACGGGAAAACUACUCUCGCAUUACCGGCAAAAAACGCGCAAGUACCAGACUCUAUGCAUAAUGACAUCUUUGAUGUACCUUCCGACGAAGAAGCGCUCAUGCCGACUCGAAAACUACCUCGUCUCAAUGCAAGAAACAAGACUAAGCAAUCCGUGAAAUCAAAUACACCGACCACUCAGUCUACAUCAGAAACUCCUGCCGAGUCAGACGAUUCGAAUACAUCUAAGAAGCGAAAACGAACGGACCCUGUAUCUACUGACACGGUUCCCAAAGCAGCAUUGGAGCGCAAGAGAGAUGCCUCAGUUUCACAACGUAAUCACAAACAUCAGAAGAAAGACCACAGCGCUCCAAUCAAGCAGCCAGUCGUGGCCUUGACGGCAAAGACUCAAUUUACAGAACCCGCGCUCAGCAAACCAAGGAGAACCCGACAGCGUACCGAAAUUUCCUCACGACAACCCAUCAUCAAAAGUCAAACUUCACCUGCAAAGUUGCAUAACAUGCUUCCUCAGCGUCAGUUGCUGCAACCAGCUCCCAUUUCUGGAGUGUCUAGGCAGCCUGAAGUACUGGCAGAAGAUGAUAUCACGAUGUAUGAUAUAUCAGGGUCCAUGGCCACGCCUGUCCGCACUUCUAAAGCUACUCCGCCUGGCUCGGUAACGCCGCGCCAAAAAGCACUCUUCACCAGUUUGUUGGGCGAGUCAUCAUCGACUCCGAGAACACAGAUGCCCAGUAUCUCCGCACUACAACUGUCAGAUCGAAAACCUAGGUCACUAAUUGGAGAUCUAGCCAGAUCAAAAUCGGAUCUCACCCACAACGGUCGAUCUCGAAAGACUAGGCUUAUUGACACACUCAAACCUGCUGAGACCAGCUCAGAAGAGGACGAUAGUGAGAGUGACGAAGAAGAUAUUGUGGAACAUACUCCAAGAGCGCACACCUUGGUAAAGCAGAACGGCAACACCCAUAAGUCUCGAAACACUACGUACAACACGUUUAAUGACAUGGACGUGGAUGUGGGAGUAGCGGCGAAUUCCCAGGUAUCGCAAGUGGCUUCUGGUAAUGUUGUCCGUUCAAAGUUCACAUAUGCAAAGCAACGAUCCUAUCUUCAGGAAACCAACCCCGAAGACGAACUUUUGAUAUCCAUGGAUCUUGAUGACGAUCUGGGUGGAGAGUUCCGAAAGAAAGACAGCCAGUAUGAGGAGGAGGAAGAGGAGCAGACAAGUCAGGUGCGGGCUCACCAUGAGCUUAGGACACAAGGACACCAGCACAGAUUCCUUCGAGAUACAGAGUCUGCGAUUGACGAUAUUGCCAACAAGUCAAACAACAGCAUCCGUCGCACCGCCAUGAUUGAGUUCUGCACGAAACUGGCUGACGAAAGCUUCGUUGGCCAGUUCCUUGACUCUUCUCUGACUCGUCAGUUCUUUGAGAACCUCGCGUCAAACGGCGAAGUUAUUUUCGACUUUGCGGCUAUCACAGCUAUCAUUUUCAUCCUCGAGACGAACCACACCAGUGCGGUAGUGGACCAGAUACGCCAAUCCGGUAUUCAUGCCACUUGGACCGCUCUAUUGAGCAACGACACUCAAAUUCAACGUAUCGCAAAGGAACGCAAAUCCAACCUCUCAAGAAUAGCGCAACCUUUGGUGAUUGAAUUUGGGAUUAUGGUACAAGGGUGCAGCUUCUGGUCUCCGAACAGGCCGGAGAACAUGACGCCGCAGAUAGUAGCCUUGAAGGUUCUGGAGUUGAUGGUAUUGGAACUCCAAAAAGCUGGCAGCACCGAAACAUUCGUAACCCAGGAUACAAUAUCAACACUUGUCGACCUUGCUUCGGGACCCUGCGAACGUCUCAAGUCAGGACAACACAGAGCACAAGACACGACGGUCCUGGAAUUGGUUUUCUCGAUCUUGGAAGCUGUUUCUGUCAGUCCAAAGCAGAAGCAAAAUCUAUGGUCCAGCCGGGUCCUUCAGCGUUUGGCAGACUUGAUUCCUAUUUUACUCGAGACCAAGAAUGCCUCGCCAAUCAUGUUGGCAAUCAAGCUCUGCAUGAAUCUUACCAAUAACAAGCCAAAGGCGUGUCAGCCGUUUUCCGGUGCAACCUUUGUUCAACCACUUGUGCGAUCAAUUUGUCAUAGAUUUGAACUUCUUCAUACCGGACUUGGUCAGGAGGUGCAGACCGAAGUUCGGGACAGCUUGAUUCUCAGUCUGGGCGCCAUGAUCAAUCUCGCAGAGUUUAGCGACCAGGCCAGGGUACAUGUCGAUGACGGCGAGAAAUUAACCGCUACGUUGUUGAAGAUCUUUCUCGAAGGGUCUGAGCGAGCUUCUCAGGCUGAGUCGAUAGAAGAGUCUCACUCAAGUGUCGCGGUUGGCUACCUUACGGUACUUCUUGGAAACCUUUGCCUCAAUGACUCUGUGCGAGGCAAAAUCCAGGCACAACUUCCCGGUCAGCAACUCAGUGCCUUGGUCGAGAAGAUCAAGGAAUUUGUCCGAUAUCACGAGGCUGCUCAUCGCAAAGCUGAACAGUUUGAAGGAGAAGAGGGGCAGGAGACAUGGCAGAACUACACAGCUCGGCUCAUGGUAGUGGUCGAGAAGUUGGAGAAAGCAGGGACUUGAACGCACCAUCUGAGAUGGUCGAUGUUGUUGCACAUGAUGCAGCUGAUGCUUGCCGUCAGAGUCUACAUGCUUGUUAGGUGUUUUACGGGAUCCUGAUUGUUUACUGUCGGUUAUGAUACAAGCCUCUUUGGCUAUGGGCGUUUGGGUUUGGGAGGGUCACAACAGGAUACCCAUUACAUGCGAUAUGCAGCGUUGAACGAUACGAAUGGUUGGGUCAUGGAGACUUGAGUCUUCUUGCUCCAGCUUCUGAAUACAACCUGGAGACGGAAGAUGGGUUGAUGCUCAAUAUGCAGUUAUAGUAUGCAAGCCACGGGGCCCUAUGGCUGAUGGCUUGUACGAAUGCAAUCAAGACGGAC